AUGUCUUCCCCAACCACGACUGAUCUCUUCCUCGCUCUCAUUGUCUUGACCUCCACAAUCUUGGUCCUGAUGUUGAUCUACUUCUUCAUUCGCUUCAUAAGCCGAGACAAAAUCAAAGACUGUCAGCAUCAAGAACUUGAUUCUGGCCUACUGGAUCCCGAACCAGGCCGAGAAUCGCGUCUCUUACAUCGUCUUUCCCGACAGCAGAUCCAGCAAGAACACUACGAAGACCUACACCGACGCUACUCAUCAGCACCCUCUUCUCCUGCUAUAGAGCUGCUCCCAGAGAUUAAGACAGAGUCAGUUGAUGAUAGAGCGAGCGAAUGGCUAGAGCGGGGCGCUAUCGACAGCGGAGUCCGUAUAGUGGAUGACGGCUUGGGAGAGAGGCGACCGGAACUGCAACAAGCCAUGAUUCUUAAGCCAAAGAAACAGUUGAGGUGGGAUUGGAAAGACGGGAAAUUGGAAGGGAGUGAUGGCUUGCCGAAGGUUAUCGAGAAAGUGGACAAGGAAGGAGUAGUGUUGACAGAGCAUAACCCGGAAUGA